AUGAGCUCGCCACAGGCAGACGAACCAGGCGCAGGCACACCGCGUGCGCGCGCGGGCUCUGUGUCUGGGCCAAAUGUUGGGCAGCUUGUGGAAGUGCAGGGCAUGCGCGGCAUCGUGCGGUUCAGCGGAACCACCGGGUUUGCGACCGGGCGGUGGUGCGGUGUGGAGCUGGAGGAGCCGCGGGGCAAAAACGACGGAUCCGUGCAGGGCAAGCGGUACUUUGAGUGUGCGCCAAACUACGGGAUGUUUGUGCGGCCGUCGCAGGCCAAGGUAGUGGCAUCAUCAGCGAGCGCGCCGUCAAGCGUGCCGCGCCUAGGCAGACCGGCGGGCGGAGACCAUUUGCCGGGGGCAAGCGGGAUCGCAGCUCGCCGGACCACGGUCUCGGGACUCCGGUCUCCGAGCAGCGCGCGCAGUGCGUCGCGUCAUAGCCUGGUUAGCGAGGGCGGAAGCAGGCCUGGGUCGCGGGAGCUAUUGCCGCAGGCGCGUAAUGAGACCCCGAGCCCACUGGGCCAUGCAGCGGUGGGUGAAGAGGUGGCUGAGCGCAUGCAGACGCCGACCAAGGCGGUGGCCAUGGAGGUAGAUCCCAAGGACGAGGAGAAGAAGGAGGGAGAUGCAGAGCCGACCACGCCUGAGCCCACAGAGCCGCAGCGCACGCCAUACCGCCCGGCGUUGACGAUGGAUGAGUCUUCGACAUUUGGAGCAGGGUCGGCGCCGACGAUGAGCGCGCAGACGGUGCCGCUGAAGCAGUUUGAGGAGCUGCGGCUAAAGUACAAGUUCCUGGAGCAGAAGCGGUCGGAGGACCGGCAGCGGAUCCAGGAGGCGGACAAGAUGCGCGCCGAGGCGGAGCAAGCGCUGCGUGUGCGGGACAAGCUGGCGACCAAGGUGGGGACGCAGCAGGAGGAGAUGCGGGCCCUGAAGGCGAAGUUGAAGGAGGCGACGAGCGCGCGCGAGAAGUUUGAGCUAAUGUACAGCGAGGCGAACGAUGCCAUGGAGAUUCUGACGCUGGACAAGGAGAUGGCUGAGGAGAGAGCCGAGCAGAUUGCGCAGGAUGUGACAGUGCUGCGUGAGCAGCUGGACGAGGCGAGCGCGAGCCUGGAUGUGUACAAGCAGGAGGGCGACCACAGCGCAGUUCUGGCAGACAGCCCGGACGGCGCGACCGCGCUUGACUAUGCGCAGCUGAAGACCCAGAGCGAGCGGCUGAAGGAGGCACUGGUGCGGCUGCGCGACGUGUCGAAUGAUACCGAGUCGCGACUGACACAGCGGGUGCGGCAGCUUGAGCGCGAGGCCGAGGCUGCGCAGGAGUUGUCCGAGGAGGCGGAGCGCUACCGGGAGAAGCUGGAGGUGGCAGAGUCGCAGGUUGAGGAUCUGAAGGAGCGGCUGGACGAGGCGCUGGGGGCGGAGGAGAUGAUCGAGGAUCUGUCUGAGCGCAACCUGAACCUCAGCGCCAAGGUGGAGGAAAUGCAAAGCGUGAUCGAGAACCUGGAGGCGCUGUGCGAGGUCAACAACGAGAUGGAGGAGACACGGGCAGAGGAGGAGCAAGGGCUGAAGGCGGAGAUCGACCGGCUGAUGGUUACGGUCAACGACAAGAACCGGCGCAUUGACAAGCUGGAGGAGGCGAUGGCGGACUACCAGUUCAACAUCAAGCAGUACCGGGAGCUGGUAGCGAAUCUGCAGGGCGAGCUGCAGCGGCUGCGGGAGCGCGAGGAGACGCAGGCGUCAGAGGUGGCAAGCUUCUCGAGCAAGACGCAGGAGAUGAUGAGCCUGAAUCUGCAGCUGCGGUCGACGAUGCUGAAGACCAAGGCCAAGGCGGUUGAUCUGGAGAUGCGGCGGCUGGAGGCUGACCAAGCGACGGAGCAGCUUGCGAUGACGGAGCCGUUCCUGCCCGACCAUUUCUUCAAGUCGGAAGGCGAUGCGCUCAAGUCGGUGCUGGCGUUCAAGCGGCUGGCGGUCAAGAGCGACAUUCUCUGCAAGCAGCUGGAGCAGGACGAGAACACCGAGGCGAAUGUAUCGGACGAGUUUGUUGCGACGGCAGAGGUGCGCAGCAAGCUGGCACAGUUCUCGGGUGUGGCGGCGGUGCUUGUGCGGCACCUGUCGGGAUGCAGCGAGACGGAGUUCAUGAAGCUCGGGGCGCUGUUUGUGGAUGCACAGGGCACGGAGCGGCGGCUCAACGGGCUGAUUGACGUGAUGAAGAAGGAGGAGUUCCGGGCGACUGACUCGCUGCCCGAGAUCCGGCGGCUCACGGCUCAGAUGCUGGCGCUGGCGGAUUCGCACGUGCCAACGGGCAGCAAGACAGCCACGGGGGUACAGCGGCUGGGCGUGGCAGUUGGGCAGCUAGCGUUCGGAUCUGACGUGCAGCUGGCAAACCUGUUCUACAUCGAGCAGCUACUGGCAUCGGGGCAGGGCUCAGUGGACGGCUCAGCGGAGCCGGUUGAAGUGUUCUCUGCCGAGGACAGGCAGCGGAUGACAGGCGAGGUUCUGCCGGCGGUGGCAAGCACGAUCCAGCACUGCAAGGCGUCGAAGGCGGCGGCGGUUAAGCUGCUGAAGCGGUCAGAAGAGCUGAUCCAAGGCGAUCUGUGUGGCAACGACAGUAUCAGCGCGCAGGUUGGCGAGGCGCUGCGGCAGAGCUCGCAACUGGAGGUGUACUGCACCAAGGUGCGGACGAUGAUCCAGGAAUACUAUGCGCAGGGAGGUGGCGAGGAGGACAGGGCUGCCGACAAGGUUACUGUGGACCGGGUGGUUGGCGACCUCAACACAGUGGCGCAGGAGGUGUUUGGUAACGCAGAUGCCACGGUGCUGGGGCAGGCGCUGAGUGCGGCCCAGAGGCUGGCGCAGGAGGUUGGGCGGGCGCUGGCACUGGCGAGCGACGACAGCAACCUGGCGAGGGCGGCUGGGGUGGAGGCGCCGUGGGUCAAGCGCGCAGCGCAGUUCAAGGCGAGCCUGGUGCGCAAUGCAGAGGUGGAAAAGCGCACGGAGGCGCUGAACGAGGAAAUCAUCAGCCUGGCGCGGGAGCUGAAGUUGCGGGACCAGGCGAUCCAGGAGUACGGCGUGAAGACCGAAAUGCUGGAGAAGCGCACGGAGACAAUGCGGCGGCAGGCGGACCAGGUCCAACAGCUCCAACAGCUGCUGGCAGCAGCGCAGAAGCAGGAGCGGACGUACGAGGAGGCGAUCGAGAGCCUGCAAGGGGAGGUGGAUACGCUGGAGCGCGAGAACCGCAAGAUCAAGCAGACGGCGGUGGCGAAGGCGGCGGUGCCGAGCGACCAGGCUGGGCUGGCGCUGCCGACGGAUCUGGCGGGGCUGCGUCGCAAGAUCGAGGUGCUGCAGGAGUCGGUAGGGUUCCUGCGGCGCGAGAACGCGCACCUGCGCGGCAAGUAUGUGUACCGUGGAGCCGCGGCGGUUGAGCAGCUCCGGAAGCCCCUGCUGGUGGCGGCUGCGGGCGGCCCGGCAUCGGCGGAGGUGAGCGCGGCGGUGCGUGAGGCGAAGACGGUUGCACGCGAGGCAUGUGUGCUGGCAGCAAUGCCGCGGCUGGUUAGGCUGAAGCCGGCUGAGGAAGCCGAGAAGAAGCCGGCGUGGCAGCCGCUGGCAAAGAAGCCGGAGUUUGAGCUGUACCGACAGCAGACGGUGGUGCAGUCGCUGCGGGCGCGGGCGGAGAAGGUGCAGGAGAGACUGCAUAGCCUGGCCAGGUUCCCAGCGCUGGCUGGCACGGCGACGGUUGUGCUCUGA